CUAGUUUGGUUCUAACCGUUCCGAGUACUCAUUGUGUUGAGCUACCGGCAUUCGUAAUCGGGAGAGCGUCGCGUCAUGUUGUUAUUAACUUUGUGGUCAGUGCUAUACGUCGCGUCGGCUCAAGUCAGACCGAAUAUUGUGAUCUUCCUUGCUGAUGACUUGGGAUGGAACGACGUUGGUUUCCAUGGCUCGAAUCAGAUACCGACACCAAACAUCGACGCGCUUGCAUAUUCUGGCCUUGUUUUGCAGAACUACUAUGUGACUCCUAUAUGUACGCCGUCGAGAGCCGCCCUAAUGACUGGCAAAUAUCCUAUACACACGGGAAUGCAACACAGCGUUAUUCGAGGUGAAGAGCCAAGAGGUCUCCCUCUAUCAGAGAAAAUCCUUCCACAAUACCUGAAGGACUUGGGGUACAAAACACAUUUAGUAGGAAAAUGGCACUUAGGGCAUUACAAAAGGGAGUAUCUUCCAUUGAGUCGAGGUUUUGACACACACUUGGGAUUUUGGACGGGAAAAAUUGAUUUAUAUGAUCACACAAAUAUGGAGAUUGGCACUUGGGGCUUCGAUUUUAGAAGAGGUUAUGAGGUGGCAUACGAUCUCUUCGGAAAAUAUGCGACAGAUAUUUACACAAAUGAAGCAGUCAAGCUAGUAGAAGCCCAUAACAAAAGUGAACCUUUAUUCUUGAUGGUUGCACACUCAGCGAUGCAUAGUGGAAACCCUUCCGAGUUUCUAAGAGCGCCUGACGACGUUGUUGACAAAUUCGCACACAUCAAAGACACACAGCGACGCAAAUAUGCAGGAAUGCUUACUAAACUAGACGAAUCUGUCGGCAAAGUGGUGAAGUCGUUGAGUCAGAAAGGAUUAUUAGAUAAUACAAUAAUUCUGUUCAGCACCGAUAAUGGUGGGCCAGCUGCUGGGUUUAACAACAAUGCUGCGUCUAACUAUCCUUUGAAAGGAGUGAAAAAUACUCUAUGGGAAGGUGGCGUUCGUGGUGCGGCCCUGUUAUGGAGUCCUCUUAUAAAAAAACCGUCAAGAGUCGCGAAUCAAACGUUCCAUAUCGCUGAUUGGUUACCGACAUUGUACAGUGCUGCUGGAGGCGAAACCAGUGUUUUCAAAAAUCUCGACGGGUACGACUUGUGGGAGGCCCUAUCCAAUGACCUACCAUCUCAAAGGACCAAAAUAGUGCAUAACAUAGACGACAUUUUCGGAUCAGCCUCCAUUACAGUGGACAAUUGGAAACUGCAUAAAGGCACAAACUAUAAUGGCACCAAAGAUUAUUGGUUCGGACCGACUGGUCGGGAUGGUGAAUAUAACGUUGAUUUGCUUUACAAAAGUUACGCGGGCGUAGCUAUCAACAACAUUACUACAUUGCCUAAUAAAGAAAGAAUUAUGAGCAUUAGGGAUGCAUCAACAAUAAAAUGCAAUAGUGCUAAACCAAUCAACGAAUGUAAACCACUGAAAGCGCCGUGCCUGUUUGACAUACAAGAAGAUCCUUGCGAGCUUAAAAACUUGGCAGAUGAGAAGCCAGAUAUUCUGCAAGCACUAAUGUCGGAGCUAGAGAGAAUAAAUGCGACAGCAGUGCCACCUAACAAUCUAGAUUUAGAUCCCCGAGGUGACCCGAGGUAUUGGGGACGUGUAUUUACAAACUUCGGUGACUACGUAAACUUAGAAACUCCUGUCUAAUUAGGUGUAAGUUUUUAAUUUAUAGUAGGUAGGUGCAUAAAAAAACUGACAGAUAAUAGAAAUUUCCUUCACUGGCACGGAUCUGAGGCCUUAGUACGAGUUUCUCUUACGUUGAAAGUAAUCGAAACGAGAACGCGUUCGGCGCUGUGAUUGGCCGGCUCUAAUGAACCAACCAAUCAGAGGGCCAGACACCGUCUCGAAAAAGAAACUCGUACUUAACUUUUUGAAUCUGUGUCAAUAACUCUAGUCAGUGAAUUUUAUGUAAUUAACGUAAGUACAACUAGCGUUACCUUUAUACUUAAGCAACUGGUACAAAGUUGAACCUCCCAUCUCAAAUAUGCAAGUUCAUUUAUAUUAUGAAUUAUGUUUAUUAACAGUGAUAAUGUUUACGUUAAGAAGGCAGUUUGUAUCUAAUGAUGUGACUAUUUUUUUACAAAAUCAAGCUAGACCCUACAAAUGGGAGCAUUAUUUGAAUUAAGUACAAUUUAAGUGAUGACACGAUAGAGAAGUUAGUAUAAUAUUUUAUUUAACACAUCCAAAAGUACAAUGACAUGUAAUUUAAUUUUCUAACAAACCAAAAUGUAUCUACUUAUAAAUAUU